AUGAACAUAUCGCAAACUUUGUGUGUAACGAACCAUGAAUCGCAUGAGGGCUGCAUUUCAUGGAUUCCAGAUUCCGACAAUGUAUUUGUGAUAGAUCCGAUCUCCUGUGAUAUUCCGCCUAAUGAGUCCAGAAUGUUCACUAUUAGAUUCAGACCUAAAGUAGACAAUGAGGUGUUUGGUUAUUUGUUGUGCGGAGAUUAUCAAUUCAAAACUUAUGAUGAUAAAACCGAACAAGUAAAGAUGAAGCAUACUUGGUACAGAAUCCCAUGUAUCGGUAAUACUUGGUUACCUUGCACUGAAUGGACUACGGAGUGGGAUUGUCCAAAUGAGGUGGUUCUACCUCCUACAGUUCCAACUAGGACAACUUUUACAAAUUUUUUGCUGUCCAAUAAAUUGGAUAUACCAAUGCAUUUUAAGCUUGAAGCGCCGUAUCAAACGAAUUUUGUUGUGAUGCCUAUGUGUGGUAUCGUGCAAGGGCGUGGAUGGCAAAUAGUAACUGUUGCGUUGGAACCAAAAUCUUAUGGAGAAUAUUGCGAAAAUUGGGACCUAAUAAUUAAUAAAACUCAAAAGGCCCGUAUAUGCCUAACCGGCAGUGCAGAGGUCAGUCAGGUAGAGAUGAUGUCACACGGAUACAACCCGGACACGCACGCUAUGUACGAGUUCCCACCAACUAUCACAGGAUGCACUAAUUACUGCACCGCGUACCUACAUAACUUGACUAGGAUGGAGAUACAGGUGUUAAGCAACGUGUCUUGGUUGGGCGCCGAUAGCUCUGGGUCUAUAGUAUUGCCCCCAAAGGAAAUAGUCAAAUAUCACUGGUGGUUCUUCCCCAAACAACACAACAAAGUGUACGAAACUACAGUCGUUUGUUCCUGCAUUUGUUUAAUCAAUGGAAAACCAGUUGGACAGCCUACAGAAUUAUUCAUUCAAAUUACCGGAUUUUCGGAAUUACCCAACCUAAGAGUUUUACCAAAAACAUUGAAUAUACACGACACAGUAGUAGGAGAGAACGCUACAUUCACAGUUACUCUCUAUAACUACGGCUCAUGCUAUUUUACUUCUAAAUUAUAUCACGUAACUAACGGCAUGGGAGACGAUUUUAGCGGCGAUAAACUUGAAAUUGAGUCUACAGUUAAGAAAUACAGCCGAUUAAUAAAACUAUUUUCAUCGUCUGGUAUGAUGGGAUUUACCCUACAAUUAAGAUUCAAUAAGAAUUUACAGGACUGUCGUCCCAAUUCCCCUAUGAACGUUAAUUUAUACGCCCCAGAUCUCUGUGUUCGGCCGAAGGAAGUAGAAUUUAUUUUUGUACUCGGCUGCGUUUAUUCAGUGCCUGUCCCGUUUAGUUUUCGUAGAGAAAAGAUAUGUGAAUGCGAAAUGGUUGAGGUCCAAGUCGGUAUAUCUACAUAUGAAAUGAGACACACUUGCGUUCACAGAUAUUUGAUUGAUUUGUACCCCAUGAAUGGUAUCGUUGCUCCAGAUAAUCCGGUUUUGUUACACAUAAAAUUCAAAUAUUAUUUAGAAGGACAUAACGCUCUUUGCUUUGUCAUGACGAUGCCUAAUCAAAGGACAUUGAAGAUAUUCUUUAAUAUUCAUGCAUGUAUAAAUUCUAAAGGCAUUUUGACUCCUUUAAGAAGAAACGUAGGGGUGGAUGAUUAUUUAACAGUAUUGGACUGUGGCAGAGUGCCGAUUAAUAAUUUGGAUCCAGUAAUACGGAUUGUAUGGCUCUACAAUCCCACUGAGGUGUUUACAACAUGGCGUCUUCUGCGCGGACACACAGUCGCCUCUGAAACGGUGAUACGAUGCUUGCAAUACUUUGCUGAAGUCGCGCCUAUGGAUAAAUUAGCAAUACCAUUUGCUUUUAUGCCGACGGAGAUGAUUAAUUAUGAGGUACAUCUAUCAAAGGAACAUUUGACUCUACCAAUUAUGCCAACACAUUCGCUUUCAAGAGAAAUAAUAGCCAUAAACAAUGAUACGGAUCAUGUCUUAAGAUUUAUUUGGCUCCCAACAACGAUAGCUUGUGAAAUAUUAGAUCUGACCGAACGCAAGAGAUAUCAAAAGAACGAACUGCUGCGAAGGAGGAAGACUGAGAAAUGUAACCAAGAAUUCAUUAUUACUGAGGAAGGACUGUCUCACCCAAAUAUAAACGAUUGCCCGCCAUUUGUUUUGGAUUUGAAGAAGCCACAGCCGUCAUACAUCGCUAUGUCAGUAUCAGUAUCGUCCAAGGGUCAAAGAGACGGAUAUCCUAGAAUGUUAUUAAAGCAAAUGUGGGAACAGCCUCCGCAGUAUGACUUGUUGUCAUCAGAAGGCGGUAACCACCACUCAACUCGCCCACAAGGUUCCACUGGAAAUAGCAUGACAAUGCAGGAAGUCGUUAAAAUUAUCGAUGGAAUAUUAUGGGAUGCUUUACAUAGCAAGAUGUUUAAAACACACAUUCAGUUUUAUGCGAAAGAAGAUAUACCCACAUACGAUCAUUUGGUCAAAGUAAUUGAAAGUGAUUCACGGCCUAAAUUAAGCAAGCGGGUGACAUCGGGAAUUUGUGACGCUAUAGUAAACAAAGCAAUGUUCCACGUAUAUAACCUAAACCCUAAGUGUGACGUCACAAUUUUAGAAGCAGAA